AUGCACGUCAACGCUCCUCUAUACCAAACCACCGACAUAUCGCAAGAGCCAGUUCAGGCACAGACUGGCGUGGUUCCGCAGCAACGACGUUCGUUACACAGUCGUGUCGCGGAGAAUAUUCUCAUCCUCAUCGAGCCUGGUUCACGCGCGACUGCGACUAGCGCCUCGCGGGAACCACAACACCGGGCUCUCACACACCCUCACAGUCUCGCCGCCACGUUCCGAAGCCUCGACAUACCUGGCCCAGGUCUCGGUAUCCUGACUGAGUCAGUAUUGGUCACAAGGGGACUCUCGCAAUCUCUCUCGCCCAGCGGCGAGCUUUGCGUCCGCGGCAAUCCGGGCACCCGAGGCCCAGUCUCUGGUGACGGAGCAUCCUGGACGCCUCCACGACGGUGGGCCCAGCCACAAUUGCGUCUGAUUCGGCUUGGUCCUGGAAAAGGCCGCAGAUCGACUGUCGCAGUUCGGGGACGCCAUUCACGCACUGUGUGCAGUGGAGGAGGAGUCGCUCCCGCCGUGGGCAUUCCGUGGCCCUGCACCCUCACAUCUCGUUCGCCGCUUAACUGGGGCCUCCACCCAAGCCCUCAGCUCAGACAUCGCCGCUGGCUGUUCGCAGGUCGGCGAGUGGGAGAGGGGGAAAAAGGACAGGGCCUGGCGACCACCCCCCGGUCAACCCUGCCACCCCCCAUUUCGAAUCCAGCGCGCUGGCUUCGUGAUGGUUGGUGGUGGUGGUGCCGCUGCUUGUACACUCUGAACCGCUGUGGCAUCAGAGACAUUCAUCGCAUCCAGAGAAUCAACGAUACUCGCCGAGACGGGGUGCCCGACGCAAGAAACAAAGCAAAAGCUGGGACCGCACACGUACUCGUUACAUCAGUUGUCGCCAGUGGACUGACACUCUCUCAAUCGCCACCUUUCCAGCCCUCAGGAGUGUCCCCUCCGCCACAGUUUCUAGUCGUGGUGAACCUGGUCAGUCAGGGGAGUUGGGAGCUGGGAACUGGGAACUGGGAACUGGGGACUGGGAGUGAGGAUUGA